GACAGCGCGGCAAGGAGGAAGGAGGGUGACGGGUACCAGAGUGGACGUUCUUCUGCUCCUCACUGGUCUCUGAUUCGAGUGAACCGACUUUCUCCUGCUCGUGAAUUCGUUAGUCCGGUCGGCGGACUUUUAACACAUUAAAAAUGGCGCUUUUGUCCUUACGUUUGGCCUCGUCCUUAGUCAGGCAUUUGCCUAACACAACGGCCCAGGUUAGCUGGCCUGCAAGUGUCGUAGCUUCUCGCAAAUAUCAUGUAUCCUGCAGCCGUCGUUCUGCAGAAAUUUCUGCUAUUCUGGAAGAACGUAUCCUUGGGUCAGCGCCAAAGGCCAAUCUUGAAGAGACUGGCAGAGUACUCAGCAUUGGAGAUGGUAUUGCACGUGUAUACGGGCUAAAGAAUAUUCAGGCAGAUGAGAUGGUGGAAUUUAGCUCAGGUCUGAAGGGUAUGGCAUUGAACUUGGAACCUGACAAUGUUGGUGUUGUUGUAUUUGGUAAUGACAGACAUAUUAAGGAGGGUGAUAUUGUCAAACGUACGGGUGCUAUUGUUGACGUCCCUGUUGGUGAAGAAUUAUUGGGUCGUGUUGUUGAUGCUUUGGGUAAUCCCAUCGAUGGCAAGGGAUCUCUGAACAAUAAAUUGAGAUUCCGUAUUGGAACUAAAGCUCCAGGCAUUAUCCCCAGAGUAUCAGUACGAGAGCCUAUGCAAACUGGAAUUAAAGCUGUAGAUUCCUUGGUGCCUAUUGGCCGUGGUCAACGUGAGUUAAUCAUUGGAGAUCGACAGACUGGAAAAACUGCCCUUGCCAUUGAUACGAUCAUCAACCAAAAACGUUUCAAUGAGGCUGGAGAAGAGAAGAAGAAGCUGUACUGCAUUUAUGUUGCUAUUGGCCAGAAGAGAUCUACUGUUGCGCAAAUCGUGAAACGUUUGACGGACAGUGGUGCUAUUAAUUAUACUAUCAUUGUAUCUGCCACUGCUUCUGAUGCAGCCCCACUUCAAUACUUGGCUCCAUAUUCUGGAUGUGCCAUGGGAGAAUUCUUCAGGGACAAUGGAAAGCAUGCUUUGAUCAUUUACGAUGAUUUAUCGAAACAAGCCGUCGCCUAUCGGCAGAUGUCUUUGCUACUUAGAAGACCACCAGGUCGUGAGGCCUACCCUGGUGAUGUAUUUUACCUCCACUCCCGUUUGCUUGAGAGAGCGGCCAAAAUGAACGAAAAUUUGGGAGGUGGCUCCCUGACUGCUUUGCCUGUCAUUGAAACGCAAGCCGGUGAUGUGUCCGCUUAUAUUCCCACUAAUGUCAUUUCUAUCACUGAUGGCCAAAUCUUCUUGGAAACUGAGUUGUUCUACAAGGGUAUUCGACCUGCUAUUAACGUAGGUUUAUCUGUAUCUCGUGUCGGAUCUGCUGCUCAAACCAAGGCUAUGAAACAAGUUGCUGGUUCUAUGAAGCUGGAAUUGGCUCAGUAUCGUGAAGUAGCGGCUUUUGCACAGUUCGGUUCGGACUUGGAUGCCGCGACGCAACAGUUGUUGAAUCGUGGUGUGAGAUUGACGGAACUUCUUAAACAAGGACAAUAUGUACCCAUGGCUAUUGAGGAACAGGUAGCUGUUAUAUACUGUGGUGUACGUGGCUAUCUUGAUAAGAUGGACCCCACGAAAAUCACAGGUUUCGAAAAAGAAUUCCUCGCACACAUUAGGUCUACUCAACAAGACCUUCUUGCCGUUAUCGCAAAAGAGAAUGUAAUCAGUGAAGCAUCAGACGCAAAACUGAAAAAAAUAGUUACUGAUUUCCUCUCGUCCUUCUCAGCGUAGAGCGCGAUCAUCUGAUAAUCAUUGGAUGAGAGUCAACAUAGAUUAAUUGGACAGAACAUAUGAUGUUCUUGAAGAUUCAACUGCUGCUGACAGGUGUUAAUGUACCGAUAUUGUACGUUGUCACAUGUUGUCGCGAAUUACAAUAUUAUGUAUAAUGUCUGUACAUUAUAUAAUGUUAUUGCAGUGAUUCCAUCUGUAAACUCGAUAACUAUACUCCAUAGCAUUACACCAUGUUGAUACAAAAAAGUCGACCUUUAAUAAAAUUAAAAAUAUUAACGUUU